AUGGAGACAAAUGGGACAAUGGUUUUAGGGAGAUUUGGACUGCAAGCAGGGAAUCUCAUGAUAAAUCCUCAACUAGAUGGCAUGAAAGGACUCUCUGCCGAGAGUAUAAUUAAUUCAGAGAAAGUGGCUCAGCAAAAAAUAAAUAUAGGGGAGGAUUUAGAAACAGAUCAGGCUGUGGAUGACUUAUUGGCUUCUUGUGGAGAAUCUGAUUGCUGGCUGUCAUACUCCUCUUCGACAAGUGAAAACAAUCGUAAACGUAAAAGAGAUGAUUCUGAAGUUACUCGGCUGUAUUCUACUCCCAGCAAGGGUGUUAACCAUGAGAUGUCAUUAACGAAGCAGUUAAAGGAGGUUGCAGAUGGCAAAACUGGAUUUGAAGAUGAUACAGAGCUGAACAAUGAACUGAUGAAAUUUCAAAUUUUUAAUGAUAUUGAAAGUAUUACAGCAAACAAUUCCAUUUGGCAAUAACUUUUGUGUAUUUUCAUUUAUAUUAUAGCAGAACUUUCAUCUAGAAACAUCAAAAAUCUCAGAGCAAAAUAUUACGUGUAUCCUAGCAUUAAUCCUAUACUGUAAUAAGUAGUCAGUGCAAUAUUUUAUUAUAAAAUUUUCUGAGGAAAACAUUUUUAGGUAAUACAUUUUUGCAAACUAAUGAAACACUAAAAAAAUAAAGAUUUCUGUGGCUUUGGUAGUAUUUAUGUAACUAGGGCAAACUAUAAAUAAUAAUUUGUAUGCAUUUUAACUAUUUAAUUUAAUUAAGCAAUUAAGUAAUUUCACUAUUGGUGACUUUCCAUGAAUUACAUUUUAUCUACUGCAAUUAGAUUAAAAGUGAAAUAUUGCAUUAAAUAUCACAAAUAUUUUCAUUACUCAGUAGGUUCAGUUUAAAAAAAAUUGUACAUGCAGUAAGGGCUUUUGCAUAUUAACAUAUUUAACAUUAUUGUAAUCAAUUUUGUAUGAAAAUACAAUGAAAACAAAAUAUGUAAACAAGUCAAUGAUAUCAUCUUGAUAUUUCAAUUUAUGAUCAGUCCUGAAUUCCCAAUGAAAUAACAAAAAAUAUAUGUGCUGCAGAUUGAUUUGAAUUUAGAUUGGAAUUGACAUAUUUUUUAAAAUUAAUUUGCGAAAACCUACACGCAGAAUUACCUUGGAACUUAUUAAACUUGGGGAAUAUCAUGUAGAUAUUACAUUACUGAGAGUAAUGCUAGAGAAUGAACACUUAUGUUCAAAUUUGCACUUUUUGUUCUUACGUAAGUGUGCAAAUAACGAUUUUUAAAAACAUGAAUGUGACCCACAACUUAUGUGUAUUUAACUUAACACUUUAUUCACAUAAAUAUACAAAACAGUCCCCUUUAUUGUUAGAUUUGCAUGCAGCACUAGAUUCGCAUACAAAAUUGCAGGUGUAGAGGUGAACACAAAUACGUUUGUGAAGUUUCAAUCUCUUCAAACAUUAGGAGAGAAAAAUAUGGAAGAGUUAUUAAUAACGAAAUCCGGAGAUUAGUCAAUAUAUCUGUGAAAGAUGUUGCAACAGAAUUUUCGUGAGUAAUUGGGAAUCAUCUGCAUUUAGCAUUUGUGCUAUGUACAUAUUAGCAAAAAAAUGUAGCUGUACUAAAAUUCAACUAUUAGCAUCACAACCUGCAGGUAUUUAUUAAGGCAAUUAUAAAUUUGAAAUUGCAAUAAGACCAGUUCAUAUGCGAUAUGGAGGUAACACACAAUGCCAUUGGGUGUUGGGAACUUUUGUACGGGAGCGUAACAUUAUCAGCUACUACGAUACGUUGGCAAGUCCAAUGCUUCAUACUGAAAGAAAAAAAAUUGAACAAAGCUGGGCACAAAAACAAUUUAACUUAUGAAACUUAUUUAAAACCGAUUACAGCACCAGCGACGACACAUUAUACUUGACUUAAUAUAUUUAUCACAAUAAAUUCACCAGCAAAAAUAUCUGGUUUCAACCAAGUUUCUGUACAAACAAUAAUACAAGUUAAAUCAUAUGCACACAAAUGGGGAAAGUUUAUUGACUAAAUUCCUAACUUCUGAUAAAGUUAUGUUGUUGAGAAAAGUGUGACUCUAAAUCUUCUCAAGAACGGAUGCAUCUUCAGAAUGUUGCCCACAUAGUAACGUUCCAAUGCUGAUGCUGUGGCUACCUUCAGCAGAUAUCUUAUUUUGCCUAACAGUCCAUAGGAGCCCAGUCUCUAGAAAUGUUGAGUUCUCUAUGGCCUGACAAAUGCUCAGAUCCAAUGAAAUCCAAAAGGUUUGAAUACAUUAUUUGGCAUCAUACAUACUCACGAAAACUUUGAAAGGCCUAGCACCUAGAUUACCACUGUUUCACAAUUGUAUAACACAUUUAAUUUUGGAAUUAGCCAACUUCAAAUAAACUCGUUAUUUAUCAUCAAUAGCCUAAUUGGCUCAAGAGUUCAAACUUUCCUGCCUUGCGAAAAUAACAUUACUUUAAUGUUAGUAAAUCCUUCACCACUACCACUUUCAAGAUGAGGUUUUAUUUCACAUUCCACAGCCAAGCACCCUUCAAUAUUAUCAGUUCACUCUCUUAAAUCGUACUCAGCUAUAACUUCUGUCAUUCAUAGCAGUCUAACUUUUUUAAUAGCUCCCAAGUAUGCCCAGAAGAUAACCUCUAGACUUGGCACAUUCUCCUGUGCAAAUAACUACCACGGGAAAAAAGCAUUUAACUCUUGCAGAGAAACUUAUUGCAUUUAUUGCCAGCAUAGAAACAUUGUGAAGUGAAAAAUAUAUCUUAAAAGAAGAAAAAAUAAUUUAAAUUCAUACAAAUUUUAAACAAUGUUUAACUUUGAUGGUAUAUACUGGAAAAAACUUCCAGAAUUAAUAUAAACUCCUCUAAUCGCAACUAUUAAAAAGGAUUAUUUGAAUUUAUUCCCAUGAAACCAGCUGUGAAAAUCCAAAUUUUGUUAAACACUCAAAAAGAAAAUUUAAAUUAAAAUCUUAAUUAAAAUUGAAAUAAAACAAUUUAUCCUGCCUAGACUUAGAUAAAUUAACAAUUAAAUAUUGCAAAAUGGUUCAUGCAUUAGGGGUAGUGAAAGUCCCUAUAGACCAGAACAAGGAAAAUUGUUUAUUACACAAUACAACAUACAUACACUUUAAAAAAAAAAUGCAUUAACACGUUUGCAAUAUAUUCAAUUCUUCACUACAAAAGUUUCAUCACAAACAUCCACCACGUAGACGCAAAACAAGAUGAAGUGUUGAUUCUUUCUGAAUGUUAUAGUCUGACAAGGUACGUCCAUCUUCCAACUGUUUACCAGCAAAAAUCAAACGCUGUUGAUCUGGAGGAAUGCCUUCUU